GUUAUAUGGUUUUCCGUGUUAGCUGUGAAAGAAUAAACAUGCCGCUAGCCAAAGAUUUGUUACACCCUUUGCCCGCUCAAGAGAAGCGUAAACACAAGUUGAAGCGCUUGGUGCAACACCCCAACUCCUACUUCAUGGAUGUUAAGUGCCCCGGCUGCUACAGAAUCACAACUGUCUUCAGCCACGCUCAAGGCGUCGUUGUAUGUGCGGGAUGUGCUACUAUCUUGUGCCAGCCAACCGGUGGUCGCGCUAAGCUCACAGAAGGUUGCUCUUUCAGAAGGAAGCCUCAAUAAAUGUGACGUUUUAGUUUCUUUGCUGCCUCCAUUGAAUUUUUUCAAAUUAUAAUUU